CCAGAAAUAUAAAGGGAUUUGAAACCCUUCCUGAUGAAAUGUCACAUUUCAAAAUCUGUGAGAAUUUGGUGUCUGGGUUUUCAAGGGAUCGUGAGGACUGGCAAAUCUGGUAUGUAUGACUUCUAAGGUCAAGGGUGGCAAAAUCCAGAGUUUAUCCCUCCAGAACCCAGGCAAGUGGCACCGAUAAUACCCACUGAGCACCUCGCUGUGGGCUUCAUGUCAUGGAUAGAGCACAGAGCAUUAGAACAGACAGACCUUUCACCUGUGUGUUCAAAACUGGUUUGGGAGGUAAAUGUAUACAUAAGUUCACACACAAGUGAAAGACUUAAGAACCGUGCAUUAAUUCAUUUAGCAUUGAAUAAUAGGCAAGGUUGAUUCUCCUAAGCCUUAUGCUGUGAAUCCAUGUCAAAGUCGGAAAUCCUUGAUUAUAAGCACCUACAUUUUGGGAACACAGACUCUAAGACAUUAUCAUGUUCAUAAAUCUGCUAAGCCACUUCUAGCCACUUGUGUUCAAUGGGAUGAAGGAGAAACUGUGCAGUGUAUCAAGAGACACAAGUUCCGAGACUGUCAACACUGUCAUGGAUUUGCUGUGUGGCUUUGGCCAGAUCCUCUCCCCUCUCUGGAGCUCAGUUGGACAAUCAUAUUUUGGAAGCCCCCGAUGAUCAGGAUGAAGUGAAUCACAACUACUUAGCAGAUGAAGAGGAAGAAGCGGAAGAAGAGGCUCAGGUGAUGCUGGCUCCUGGUCUGGGGGAAGAGGAAGAAGAGGAGGAAGGAAAAGAGGAGGAGGAGGAGGAAGAAAGGGAGGAAGAAGAAGGUCAGGGCCAGCCAACAGGCAGUGCCUGGUGGCAGAAAUUGCAGAUCAUGAAUGAAUACCUGCGGGACCCGGAGAAAAGGAUGUCUCUGGCCCGAACAGGUCAGAGUCGGAGUCUUAUUUUAGUCAUUUACUUCUUCUUCUAUGCCUCCCUGGCCGCUGUGAUGACUCUAUUCAUAUACAUGCUGUUCCUAGCCAUCAGUCCUUACAUGCCGACCUUCACCGAGCAGGUGAAACCUCCCGGAGUUAUGAUCAGACCCUUCGCACAUAGCCUUAACUUCAACUUCAACGUUUCCGAACCUGAAACUUGGCAGCACUAUGUGAUUAGCCUAAAUGGCUUUCUCCAGGGCUAUAAUGACAGUGUUCAAGAGGAAAUGAAUGUAGACUGUCCUCCGGGACAGUACUUCAUCCAAGAUGGAAAUGAAGAUGAGGACAAGAAGGCCUGCCAAUUUAAGCGCUCCUUCCUGAAGAAUUGCUCGGGACUGGAGGACCCUACUUUUGGAUACUCUACUGGACAGCCUUGCAUCCUCCUCAAGAUGAACCGGAUUGUAGGCUUUCGUCCUGAGUUUGGCGAUCCUGUGAAGGUGUCCUGCAAAGUUCAGAAAGGUGAUGAGAACGACAUAAGAUCAAUCAAUUACUACCCAGAGUCGGCUUCUUUUGACCUCCGCUACUACCCUUACUAUGGCAAACUGACUCACGUUAACUACACCUCCCCUCUGGUGGCAAUGCAUUUUACAGAUGUGGUGAAGAACCAAGCAGUGCCUGUCCAGUGCCAGCUGAAGGGCAAAGGCAUUAUAAACGAUGUCAUCAACGAUCGCUUUUUGGGGAGGAUAGUCUUUACCCUGAACAUAGAAACCUAGGAACUCCAGGGGCCACUCCCACGGGUUCUGAUUCUGUUUUAUUUUGUGUUAUCCCUGGUAGCUCCUCAAUUCCUUUUUCUUCGGUUAAGAGACAGCCAGAUGAACGCCUAAGACAGCAGAUCAUCUUUCCUUGCCUUUGACGUGUGUAUGAAGUGAUAUUCUGGGACCUGUUUGUUUGUUUUCUUUUAAAGGUCAUCUCUCCUGAUGACAAAUAGACUGUAUUAAUUUCCUUUUCUUCACUUCAAAUUCAGACCUAUUCUUGCUGCUAGAAGUCUCAGUAUAUACAAAAACAGUAUCUGAUAGCAUUCACCACUGUCAGGAGAAUGUCUAUCAUGCUUUUUUUUUUUUUAAAAAAAAAAGUGUUGGAUUUUGAGGUGAUAUUAUUCCCAGCCAGGUGGAUAAUCUAACCACCCCACCCACACCUUUAAAAGUGCCUGUCAAGGUCUUUCUUUAGAAAUCAACAUCAGACCAAGUCAGACUACUCUCU